CAAAAGAGACCUGAGAUUAGUCUGGGUCAAAGUCUUGAUCUGUCCCUCUUUCUGGCUUUUGAGCUCACGAACACCUCUCCUGCCUUAUCAGAUCCCUUUGGUAUUUUGUCUUUAACAUUGAACUUUCGUCAUUGCGUCUGUUCAGUUUGGUCUAUAUUGCAACCAAAUCUGCACAGAGGGCAAUUUGCAGUCCAAGACACCCUCUAGGAUAGUCCAAUACCCAUCCAAAAUUCACCAAACAGUGAUGCCUUUAUUGGCCAACCAAAAAGCACAAUAUACACGUUGCAAGCUUUUGAAGCUUCUCGGGCUUCUUUGGAUUAUUAUUUGGGUGUCGCUGGAUUUGCUAUAUGGCCGUCCCCUAGGACAAAGUCACCAUAACAAAGUUGGCUUGAAGGCACGUAGUAGGGACAACAACAAAUCAUUAACCUGUCUCUGUGUCUGUGUGCGCAUAGGCACAUGCAAUUCUGAAUGGGAAGAGGCCAUAAAAUGCAACUUGUUCCCGGAGGGAAGGAACCCGCAAUGAGAUAGAGAGGGUGUGACUUCCGGGCCUUCAAUGCAAGAGCAGAUGUCCUCGUUUCCAUCAGGGAGAUCCUUUUACAGGCCAUAAGGAAGAAAGGAUGCCAUGCAUGGUCAGAUCUUUGGGGUGUUUAAUCUUAGAAUACCAACCUUUUGGGGGUGCAAGGAAGAAAGUAUGCCAAGGCUGCAGUCCUACAGAUUACUCACACAUCUAGGACAUCCAGAGGCAGCAGGAGAGAGCAGCUUUGCGCAGAAGAUGCUCAGGAGGCGCCGCGUCUUCUCGGUGGAGCCCACCUGGGACCAAGCUAGUGCCUGGAGAUCGGGAGAGAGCUGCGUGGUAUUAACGUCGGUCAGCAUGUACCGGAAGCUGCAGGAUCCUCAAACAGAGAUGUCCCUCAGGCUGGAGCUGGACGGCGGGAUGACCCACAAGGUGGAUCGAUGGGCCGAGGCCGGCUCCCCAACAGAAGAUGAACCCCACCAGCUGAGCUUCUUGCCCAGCAGUGGUCGGCUCCUCAAAUCCGAAUCGGAGGACUCUGGGGUGGAGAUGGCUAGUAAUGAUCACUCGCCUUCUACCCCGGUGGGUUCUGAGAAAAGCUUUUCCUUGGACUGUCUGGAUGGCUUCCAACCAUCGACAGAGGAUUCUUCACUGCCAGCUGCCCAUCAGAGCUUCCCUGAAGAGAAAGGGCAGGAUGUACCAGAUCCUGUCCAGGAUCGCACCUAUCAACGCAGUCUCUCCAUCAGCAAGAAAUUGGCACAGGUGGUCCAACGAUCACAAAAGCACCGCUUGCCUAGCCAUUCUCCUCAGCCACCAAGUCAACGGCCCCGUAGCCUGAUGGAUUUGGAAGAGCUUAAGUGCUAUCACUUGUCCCGGAUGGAAAGCGUUGAUGGGAUUAUGGACAUGGCCAAUGGAAUAGAUGACCGACCGCUAUUUGGCUCCAGCACUCCAGAAGAACACAGCACAGAGAAACAGGUGCUGGAUGACCCUUCACUUGCCAUGCCUGGACAGGGUCUGCGAUACCUGGAGCACAUCUGUCAGAUGCUGGAGAAGAUUGCCCACCUGCAGCGAGCCAACCUGCGGCUUCAACAUCAGCAAAAGAUGAUGGAGUGCCAGAUCCGGGCUCAGAAAUUAGAGAAUGAGGGCUUUUCUGAAGAAACGUCAGAAGGCUCUGGGAUGGCGAGAGUAGGACCCCAGCCGGAGAAUCCAGCAGCUUCGGAAAUGGAGGAAGAGACAGAGAGGGAGGUUGAUUCACCAGCCGCCUGGCAUCCCCACCACUUUCGGGCACGUUCUGCUUCAGAUACACGGGAGCUACGGAGCCCAGCCCGAAACCUUGGGAACAGGCCUGACUGCCCUAGGAAGUCUGCAGCUCACUUUGCCAGCUCUCCUAGCCUUUUGGAUCAGUUGGAUGGUGGCUCUCGUACGUUGCCAGUGGGCAUAAAGAUCAAGAAUGAACAUUCACACUGGAGCAAAGUCAGAGUUCUAAUCAACAGGAUGAAAAGGAAGUCUGUGCGGACCAAUGAACCAAGUUCUCCUUGCAAACCCGCAUCUAGCAGCAGCAGAAGACAGUGUGGAGCAGACAUUGCUUUCGACAGACAAGAAUCUCAACACAAGCGACAUUUUCUGCCCUCUCUGGGGGCAAAGAAGCGCCACUCCAAACACCUUUCCAUUCGGUGAGCUUCAGGAUCCCUUGGAGAUGUGAAAGAUUUGCAGGGGCCAAGUCGAUAUUGAUUAUUGUCCUGUUCUUCACCUGCUCAUCAAGAUCCAGUGUUUUUUGAUGGAGGAUUAAAAAGACUUGAGAGACUUUCAGAUAACAUGUGAGAGACUAGCCCCACCUUCUGUGACUGAGAAAGAGAGGCUGGGAACUCACAGUCCUUUCUCUUAGCAAACCAGAUGUGUCCUGAUGUUUGAACUUCUAUGACAUCUCUCUCCCCCAUCAACAUCUAAAGAUGUUACCUGCAAACCCAGCUUUGCAGACUGGUAGCAAACCUUGUGAGCAUGUGCGUCUUUUUCUCUCCCCUUUGGAGAAAUUUCUCCUGCCUGAUGUUAAACAUAGGUAUUAACGCAGGCACCAAUAACACAGUAAUGGUUCAAAAUGGAUUAGCAAGCCAUGAUUAUCAGGGAACCUGGUUGCAGUCACCAGUUAUUGGAAACACAUGUCCUUCAGAUUUAUGGUUUGUCAUCUUUGACCCAGCUCCAUCUUUGGUGCCGAUGCAAACCAUGGUUAUUGCACAGCAGGUUCUCUGAAAACCAUGCUUUGCCAGCUCACUUUGAACCAGAUCCACCUAAUGUCUGCUGGUUCAACCCAUUGUUUAUUUUUCAUUAAUGUACAUUUUAAGUGGAGCUGGGUUUUGAUUUGCAAAUCACUGUUUGCAGGUAGGUGUAUUAAUACAGGCACACAACACUUCUGUUUAGUCCUCAUCCACUUCACUUUUAAAUGCACUGUGUUUGGGACAGACCUUCUUGAGGCUGGUCCUUUAGAGAAAACUGGUUUUGGACCUGUCCCCUAAAAACCAGUCUCCCAAAGAUAAUUCACUUAGCAUUCCUCUCUGGUGUGCAUUUUCCUAAAGGUAGAUUCUUUCUCACCAUGGUUCAAAUCUCCUUUGAUGUGAGGCUGUUCUCACAUUAGCUGGUUAGGUUUGCUUACAUAAAAUGGUUAUGUGAGCCAUUAUAGAUGAAAAAGGUGUCUCUUGUCACUACAUCUAGGAAAUCCCUGUGUCACGAAAUGUGAACUAACUUAUUGGCUCUCCCUACCUUUAUUCCCCCCUUUAAACAAUGUACAGAGACUUCCUUCUCCUAUGCGUACAGCCAUAUAACUUCACAGAUGAAGUGAAUCUUGUAUAUUUAUAUGACCUUCUGGUCACCUAUGUUUUUGUAUGUAGAUAGAAAUGCAUUUAUGCACAAGAUUUAAAAGAAAAAAAGAAAGAAAAUAAAACUUU